AUGUCUGAGUCCCCAGGCUCAACUGCGCGACACUCAGAAGGAUCUGCGCCACCUACCAAUGAUCUUGAAUAUUGUUCAUUUCAAAAUAUCGAACAUGGUCUGAAAUGCUCCAUGCUGGUUGGUCCAGGUGUGCAGCCCAGGCCUCAUGCACAGGGUUUUCCUGUUAUGCACACUUCAUUGUCGACCCUUGGUUCAUUUACUAUAGCAUGCAUACCCCCGUCAUCACCUGAUCCACCACUGAUGAGUCUUACUGGUGCACUUUUUCAGUUACCUGAAACUCUACUGUUCACUAUAAUGCCCUACUUCAAUGGAGAGGCAGAUGCAGAUGUCAGGGAUGAAGUCGCAGAGAAUAUCGAAGGCUUCUCUGAUGUGGUUUAUGCCGUCACUUUGCUCACUGUUGGAGAAGUCCUUCUUUACACUGCAAUUAAGAAGGGUAGAGUACACAAGUGUUAA